UUCACCUCACGCGCGGCUCCGACCAAACCGACCGGGACGGAAAUUACCGAGUAAGAGUCCGACCAGAGCAGCCCCGCGUCCCGCCGCGGCUCCGGGCUCCGCUCAACUUCCACCGCUGGUUGUGUCGGUCCCCCCCCAGUUCUGCGUCUGAUCCGGAUCCACUGGACUCAAAACAAACAGAGGAAUUAAAAAACAAAACAAAAAACAGAACAAACAAACAAAAAAAAACAGAAGAAGAAGAGACGCAGAGGGAGAGCGGCUCCGGGCAGAGAUGGUGACUUUACGCACGGGAUUGGACUGGUAGUACUAGUACUGCUACUUGUACUUCUGCUUGUACUUGUACUUGUACUUCUGCUGGACUCCAACUCUCUGAAACUGAAGUGGACGACCUGAGAGUUUGGGCCGAACCACCGACACAGACCGGAUCCAGGUGACGUUCAUGAAUUUGAAGGUCGUCGUCAUUUGAGCCGAAGGCGCUGGAGCUGAAGUUUCUCUUUUCUGAUGAUGUCUUCCAUGCAGACCACGCCUCCUUUUCAUCCUCUGUCUGAGGAAGAGGAGGCUCCGGUCCAGGACUCUUCAUCCUGGACCAACGAGGACCGAGACGCUCAAAAGGAGACGCUGUCGCCCGACGCCGACGACCGACAACAACAACCACCACCGUUGGACGACAUCCAACCGGGACGAGACAAACCUGGGGAGACCUCGGACUGGGACGGCGUCGGACCACCCACCACGGACAACGACGGCACUAAAAGCUGCUCCGUCUACUCGUAUCGGAAUAACUCUACCUCUCCGACUAAACCUGACGAGUCCAGGGAUCGCGGUGGCGAGUCGGCGGUCGGCCUCGCCUUCGGGACGCCGGAGCGCCGUAAAGGCAGCCUGGCCGACGUGGUGGACACGCUGAAACAGAAGAAACUGGUGGAGAUGACCAAGACGGAGCAGGACGAGCCUUCGUGCAUGGAGCGUCUUCUGUCUAAAGACUGGAAGGAUCGCGUCGACCGCCUCAACGCCACUGAGCUGCUGGGGGAGGUCAAAGGAACGCCAGAGUCUCUGGAGGAGAAGGAACGCCAACUCUCCACCAUGAUUGGUCAGCUGAUCAGCCUGAGGGAGCAGCUCCUCGCUGCCCACGACGAGCAGAAGAAGAUGGCCGCCUCACAGCUGGAGAAGCAGCGGCAGCAGAUGGAGUUAGCCCGGCAGCAGCAGGAGCAGAUUGCUCGACAGCAGCAGCAGCUUCUUCAGCAGCAGCAUAAGAUUAACCUCCUCCAGCAGCAGAUCCAGGUCCAGGGUCACAUGCCCCCCCUGAUGAUCCCUGUGUUCCCUCACGACCAGCGCUCUCUGGCCGCCGCCGCCGCUGCCGCUCAGCAGGGCUUCCUGUUCCCCCCGGGCAUGUCCUACAAACCAGGUGAAAACUACCCCAUGCAGUUCAUUCCGUCCACGAUGGCGGCGGCGGCGGCGGCCGGACUCAGCCCGUUACAACUCCAGCAGCUGUACGCCGCCCAGCUCGCCAGCAUGCACAUCUCACCCGGAGCCAAGAUGGCGUCGCUGCCCCAGGCGCCCAACGCCGCCGGGCCGCUGUCACCCUCCGGCCUGAAGAGCGACAAGAGGCCCGGCAGCCCCACGGCGCCCGUUAAGGAGGAGGGGUCCACGCAGCCGCUGAACCUGUCGGCGCGACCGAAGACCGCCGAGCCCCUCCGCUCGCCGACGUCCCCCCCCCACGGCCUCUUCUCCAGGAACAAAACCAGCCCCACGGGCCUCGGGAAGGGGCGCAUCCCCAGCCCCCUGCCUGGGGGGGGCAGGACCUCCUCCCUGGACAUCCUGUCCAGCCUGAACUCCACGGCGCUGUUCGGGGACCAGGACGCCGUGAUGAAGGCGAUCCAGGAGGCCCGGAGCAUGAGGGAGCAGAUCCAGAGGGAGCAGCUCCACCCGCCGCCGCCGCCGGGACCCCAGAGUCUGGAGGCCAAACUGUCGGCGCUGAGCAGCAUGAGCCUCAACAACGGAAACAAGGAGCGUCUUCACUAUGAGACUCUGAGUCAACACCUGGGGAAACUGGGCGAGGACGCUGGGAAGAUGGUCCAUCGAGUCAUAGACCUGACCAGACCAGAGGACCUAGACGGAAGUAGCAUCACAGAGGCUCGAGUAUUCAGAGAAGCCCGAGGACGGAGUAACGCCGAACCGCACAUCAAGAGGCCGAUGAACGCCUUCAUGGUCUGGGCCAAAGACGAGAGGAGGAAGAUCCUGCAGACGUUCCCCGACAUGCACAACUCCAACAUCAGCAAGAUCCUGGGCUCCCGUUGGAAAGCCAUGACGAACCAGGAGAAGCAGCCGUACUACGAAGAACAGGCGCGUCUGAGUAAAAUCCACCUGGAGAAGUACCCCAACUACAAGUACAAGCCCCGCCCCAAAAGGACCUGCAUCAUCGACGGGAAGAAGCUUCGCAUCGGAGAAUACAAGCAGAUGAUGAGGUCGAGACGCCAGGAGAUGAGGCAGUUCUUUGUUGGGCCUCAGCCUCCAAUUCCUCUCAGCAACAGCGGCGGCGUCGGGGUGUACCCGGGCACCAUCACCAUGGCGACCAAUGCCACGCCGUCGCCCCACCUGACCUCAGACUGCUCCAGUAACUCAGCGAGCCCCGAGCCGGCCAUCCCCGUCAUCCAGAGCACGUACGCCAUGAAGGCGGAGCCCGGCGACGGCGCCAACGGAGAUGACGACAUGGACAUGUACGACGACUACGAGGACGAAGCCAAGUCAGACUAUAGCAGCGACCACGAGACGCGGGAAGCCGUCGGCGCCAACUGAGCGCGCUCAGAACCAGAGCCCGUGGAUACGACCUCCAGUUCUACUCAGAGACACUUUUUAAGAACGACGUUUUUUUUACACUUCAGCUGUUUCCUUCAGGACGAUGUUGCAUCGCGCACUGAGCAGAUGGGGGGGCGGAGCCAGGGGGCAGGACGACGGCACUUUGACAAUCGUAACCGGAGCGAGGACGACGGCGUGUGUUUUGUGCAUGGAUGAAGCGUCAGGAUGGUCUUACAUGUUUCAGUUGUGGUUUAGUUUGAUCCGUUUGACUCUUUUCUGCCUCGACAAACGUCAGGACUUGAAAUCUGAAAGUUUUAAUAUAAAUAGUCUUACUUUUGUUUCUUACAGAUUCAGUGCAUCUUCACCUGUUGUUUUCAACCUGCUUACAGACGUUUAUGACCUGUUGUUUUUUUUUGUUUGUUUGUUUUUUUAAAUAUCCCAGCUCAGGUAUGAUGUGCCAGCUUGUGAAUGUGUUUUUUUUUUGUUGUUGAUGUUGUUUCAUACAUGGUUUUAUUUCAUCGACUGUCGCUUUCGUUUCAUGUCGACUCAUCCAGAAAACCUGAAAUUGUCUCUGAAGGACGUGGAUUCACUGAAAUGUCAUGAAUUUAACACAUGAAACCGUUCAUUUAAUGCAAACACCUGAACAACAAUGUGGAAAAGGAAAGAUUUUAGGAUUAAAUGUAACUGAAUGUAAAUGUAAUAUCUUUAUACUGUUUUUACUGGAUUUGAAUGUAAAAUUUGCAACAAGUUGGAAAAAUGGAUGUAAAAGACAAAAACAAAAAGUCAAGAUUUUUGGUUAAAUGUUAGUUUUUGCUAAAUUCACAGACAUUCAAUCAAAAAAUUUAAUAUAAUUUGUUGCUAAAAUAAAUAACACUAACGUCUCUCUCUCUUUUUUUUUUUUUUUUUAGUAAAUUGAUGUUUUCACUCCUUCAGAGACAAAAACCAGGAUUCAGGAUUUUUGAUCCCGACAACAUUUAUUUCAUCUUGAGGUUGAGUUGAUAUGAAAUGACCCUGACUUUAAUAUUAUUAUUAUUAUUUUAUUCUAAUUAUUAUAUGAGUUAUUGUACAGAUUUACUCUAAUGUGCCAAACCUACAUUCAUUCACAUUCACUCUGGAUGUUUUAGUCUUAACUUCCGAUGCUGCAGAAAGUCUUAUCCAAUCAGCUUCUUCUGAUGAGUUUGGACUCCGCCUCCCGGUCAGAUGACGGAGCUCAGGGAGGAUCAUGUGACUUUAUGAUGCCUCAUUAAAGCCGUCUGCGUCUGCUCUCCGACGCCCCCUUCAGUUCAUUGAGACUCUACACGGUGCGUUCAGGAACCAUGGAGUCGACAUAUUGUGAGACGUUCGUGUCCCUUCGGUAAAAACGUUACAUGCGCUUCUCGAGUCUUAAAAGUUCAACAUCCUGAACUGAUGCAAACUGCGAAACAACAAGAAACUAAAUCUAAACACAGUAAAAAUGAGUUUUACUUCAAGAAAUUAAUAAAAUGUUUGACUUAAUGACAAUUCAGCGAAUUCGGAUCAAAUUCAACCAAUAGCAGAAGAGAAAGAAAACAUUAAAUCCACCUUAAACUGAUGCAUGUAAUGAGCAGAACUCGCUGAUUUUUCCUCUAGUUUCUUCAGAAUAUUAGCUUAUAUUUAAUUCUAUUUCAGUUUAAAACAUUUAACUCAUUUAAAUCUGUUUCAAAUCCUUCUGGUAUCACAGAGGUCCUUCAUAAACUAAAAGUGCUGUGGGGUAUUAAUGUCACUUUGUUUAUCAGACACUUCGGUUUUCACUUUUUUUGUGUGUUUUUCAUCAACUUGAGCCAUAAACAAAAAUAGCAAAUACUCAAUAACUGUCAUAUUUUUAACCCUUUAAAAGCCAUGUUUGUAAUGUAAACAAACAUAUUUU